AUGCAGACCCGUAUUUUCGUGAUCGUUGCCUCCCUCCUUGGAGCUACCAUGGCCGCUCAGGCUUCUACUGAGAAGGUUGACAUGGCUCAGCUUACGGAGGGUCAGCAGUCUGCCUUAGACAACUUGAAUACCCAAGGUCUCUGUAUCAUGUGGGAUGACUGUUACAAUCGCGGCUGCUGCUCCUUACCUACUACUACUCUCCCCGGCUGGUGCAGUUGCUAA